UGGUAGGGGAGCCUGGGCUCGCUGGUGGCCGAGGCCUGGCCUCUGCUUGGCCACUCACUCUCCCUCAGAGCUACCGUUCUCCAGCUUUAAGAUGGAGGACGGCAGUAUCUGCCCUACCUACACCACUCGGUGAUUGCAGGGGUGACAAUGACUGUCUGGAAACUAGGGAGCGCUGGUUCUCCACUGGGCAGCCAGUAGAAUCAUUUGGGAAGCCUUCCCAGUGUGAGCCCCAUCGUCUCCAGAGAUUUUGAUCUGCAGCCGGGACCGGGAAACGCGGGCCCAGAGUGACAACUGUGGUCACCACCAGAAUGUACACGUCGUCGAAGGGUGGAAGAUGUCUAUGGAUGUGACGUUUCUUGGGACUGGUGCAGCAUAUCCGUCCCCUACUCGGGGUGCCUCUGCUGUGGUCUUUCGGUGUGAAGGCGAAUGCUGGCUCUUUGACUGUGGAGAGGGGACACAGACACAGCUUAUGAAAAGCCAACUGAAGGCAGGGAGAAUUACCAAGAUUUUCAUCACACAUCUUCAUGGAGACCAUUUCUUUGGCCUUCCCGGCCUCCUCUGCACAAUCAGCCUGCAGAGUGGCUCUGUGGUCACCAAACAGCCAAUUGAAAUCUAUGGCCCUGUAGGACUUCGAGACUUUAUCUGGCGAACCAUGGAACUCUCUCACACAGAGUUGGUGUUCCCUUACGUGGUCCAUGAGCUGGUGCCCACAGAAGAUCAGUGUCCUACAGAAGUACUAAAAGAAUCUUCACAUGUUGAUAAAGCAACAGAGAGCCCCCCCUCUCCCAAAGAGGGACAAGGAAGAACUAUCCUAUUAGAUUCAGAAGAAAACUCAUACCUUCUGGUUGAUGAUGAACAGUUUGUUGUAAAAGCAUUUCGCCUCUUUCACAGAAUUCCUUCCUUUGGGUUUUCAGUUGUAGAAAAGAAACGCCCAGGUAAACUCAAUGCACAGAAGCUGAAAGAUCUUGGUGUUCCACCAGGUCCUGCCUAUGGGAAGCUGAAAAAUGGAAUCUCUGUUGUUCUGGAAAAUGGGGUUACAAUUUCUCCCCAGGAUGUCUUAAAAAAGCCUAUUGUUGGAAGAAAAAUAUGCAUAUUGGGUGAUUGUUCUGGAGUUGUAGGAGAUGGAGGAGUGAAACUGUGCUUUGAAGCAGACCUGUUGAUCCACGAGGCAACCCUGGAUGACACCCAGAUGGACAAAGCAAAGGAGCAUGGCCAUAGCACACCUCAGAUGGCAGCAACGUUUGCAAAAAUGUGCCAAGCAAAGAGGCUGGUUCUUACUCAUUUCAGUCAGAGGUACAAACCAGUUGCCUUGGCCAGAGAAGGAGAAACAGAUGGCAUUGCGGAACUGAAAAAGCAAGCAGAAUCAGUGUUAGAUCUCCAAGAAGUGACUCUAGCAGAAGAUUUUAUGGUGAUUGGCAUUCCAAUCAAGAAAUGAAACAAGUGUUCUUAUUGACAUGUCUGUAAAUGUUACUGAACCUACAGUCCAGAUUUUUUUUUCUUUUGUUUUUGUUUUUGGUCUGAAAUUAUUUUGGCCCUGAUAAUCCUAAAAAGGAUGGAGCUGCAUUAUUGAUCUAACUCAUUAGUGAGAGGGAGCAAGCUUUUUGAUAAUAAAUCAUUUUUAGAAGAAGAAAAUAAACCACCCAGUAUCCUUCUUAAAGUGCAUAUUUGACAAAAAGAUAGAUUUUGCAGGUAUUCUUCUCAUUUUCUGACUACUGCCACAGAUGUAAGCCAUGCAGUCCUAGGCUUAGCUUCUACCCAGCUUUAUUGUAGUAAUUGGCAAAGUACACUGGAAUCGGCCUCUUGGCUAGAAAUGGUAUUUUGUCAGUUUUUGUUGAAUCUGUUCAUGUUAUUAACAGAAGAGAAAGAGCGAGUCACAAGACUUUGUAUAUGUAAUAGGAACAAUAGCAUGCAGUGGUUUUACUGGAUUAUUGAAUUCAGGUCUGGGCUAAGUGAUAUGUUAGUGUUUUGCUGAAAUUUUUGGUUUGCUCUUAGCCCACAAUUCUCAUCUGAGUACUGUCCUAGGAAUUUGGAAAUUGUGGGAAUGUUUUCUUCUCACAGUGACAGAGGGGUGGUAGUGAUAAUAUUACUGGUUUUAAUCUGCAGGGGUCAGGAAUGCUAGAUGCCCUGUAAAGUUUGGGUUAGUCCUGUAGAAUAAAGAAUAACCUCAUCCCCAAAUGCAUAUUGCAGGCCUGUUGAGUUAUACAGCAAAGUUAAAAUUUAUACUUCCAAUGUGAAUAUGCUUUACCAAAAUUAGUGACAUAUUGAGUUGAAUUACUAGGUAAGUUGACCCAGCAACAGAUCCUGAAGAUUGAAUAUGUCAGAAUUGGAAUGCUCUAUCUAAUAUUUUCUGAAAGAAAUGAGUCAUCAAGUGAAGCUUAUGAAUCUGGAGGUAAAAAGUGGUAUUUAUUACUGAGAUUUAAUUUACAUGUCCCCAUUAAUAAUAGAAAUAUAGGAUACCAUAAAAAUACCAUAUUUAAGAGUUAUCAGGAUAGAGGAAGGCAUAGAGUUCCAAACCAAAGGAAUGAACAAUCUAUUCAAUGGAAUAAUAUAAAAUUUUCCAAACAUGAAGAAUGAAUUGGAAAAUCAAAUUUAAGAGGCUUACAAGACACCAAAUGUAUAAAAUCACAAGAGAUCCACACCAAGGCACAUUAUAAUGAAAAUUCUUAACAUUCAGAAUAAGGAGAGAAUAAUUCUUUGAGCACAAACUUAAUAAAUGUUCCUUGUAGAAUAGCCUUUCCUUAUGAUCUUAUGUUCUGUGGAAAAUUAAUAUAGAAUGCUGAUUCAUUCAAAAGGGCUCCCUAAUUAAAUCAGGUUGGGGAAUGUUUUAUGCUCUAUGUCCCCUCUGGGACUGGGCUUGUGCCCAUCAACCUAUUAAAAACAGUAUUCUUUGUAAUGAUCACAAACCAGGUUGGGUUCAAGAAAGACCUAAUUUUAGAGUCCCAUUUUGUACUUUGUGUAGCACCUCUGUGUGGUCUAGAGCAGAUUACUUAUUCUCUCUUAACUUCUGGAGCUUGUUUGUCUCCAAAAUGAGGAUGGAGAGACUUGCUUGACAGGAUUGUUGUGACGAUUACAUGAGACAGUGCAGAUAAGGAGCCCAUUGGGUAAAGGCAUUGAGGAGGCCUGCAGUAGAGGGCUGUCAACUUUUUAUGAACUCCUUUCUCAAUGCUGUGUAUUAACAUCACAAGAACCUAAAGAGCUUUACACUACACAAAUUUAGAAACAUUGUCAGAGUGUGUUCUCUCAAAAUUCUUUGGGUUCUGGGGUUUCUCUGGUCAAAAAUUUUGACUCCUGGAUAGUUAUGGAGACGGCAUAGCAGUGAUGAUCAAGACGGCUCUGCUUGGGACUGGGGAUAUAGCUCAUUUGGGAGAGUGCUUGCCUCACAUGCACAAGGGCCAAGUUCAAUCCCAAGUACCAAAAAAAAUAACUCUGCUUCAGUUUUCAGGCAUCUCUAGAAUGGUUGGAUUCUGACUAGAAUCCAAAGUGCCCAAAUUUGAUCAGCAUAGUAUAUCUUUGUUUCUAAACAAGCAUUAAUUAGAUAUCUAUUAUGAGCCCAAACCUGUACAUGGGGAAAGCCUAGGACUAGUAUCUCCACUGCACGAAACCCUUACAGGUAGAGACUAUGUCCUGGUCACCUCUAUAUUUUUAGAAAUGCCUAUCUACAGUGAGCACUCAGAAAUGUUUUCUGAAUGAAUAAAGCCUUGAUGUCGUGAGUGCACAAUAUAAAACGUACUUAUGUGCCAAGCUCAUCUCAUUACUGUACUUUUCAGGAACUUAAACCACCUGAUAGGUGUGCCCGCUUCACUGAGUACCAAACAAGUGCUAAGCUUUAUUGUGUUGGGUGUACAUAAAAUGAGUAGACAAAAGGAGACACAUUUCUAGCCCUGACCUCAUAGUGUAAGGGUGGAUAAUAAACGAAAGUAAAUAUCUAGUAGCCUGGUGCUUAGUUUUGCUGCUUCUGGGCUUUAUUUGGUAGCUAGCUUGAGCCAUGCUCUUAGACUCAGGCUUUAUAAAUGUAUGUGGGCUGAGCCCUCCAACACCAAGGAAAGGAAUUGAGAUGCUGGGGCAGUAUCAGUCCAUGGUGAGAAUUCUUUCUAGACCCUCUUUUGGCCUUGAGUUUGUUUUUAAUGCUAGGAGAAUUCUAAGAAUUUUUGGAGCUAGAAUUAAGAAUGAAGUGUAUGUUCGACUUCUCAGAACCUAUAAUUUACUCCUGGUGAUAUAUUACUAGGAGGGAAGAGUGGUAAUAAUGUGCCAUGUUCCUCCAAGCUUAUUUGAUCACUGAACUCUCUUUUUGCCAAGGAACAUCUUGGGAUAUUGAGAAAUACUAUUCCUUAUUACUUCUAAAAUGAUUAUAGUUUUAUGUUUUACCAGCUCAAUUUAUGGAGGUAAUGAUUUCCAUAUCUACACUUGGUAUAGUGCUUUCUUUGUCCUACAUUGACUUUCAGUUGCCAGGAAUUCAUAGAUACCUACUUAUUUUAGGUUAAAAAAAUGCACUUUCUAGUUCUCAGAAGUUGUUUAGACUUGUCCAAAUGGAACCUAAAUCAACUGUUGCUAAAACUCAUGCCUCAUUAAUGUGCUUUGAAUAAACUUUGAAUCAUAAAAGCGAUGUUUGCUCAGUAAAGAAUUGUUUAUUAAGAUUCAAGAAAAGAAGGCAAUUAUUCAUAAUUCCACUGCUCAGAGAGAGCUAGUGUUUUGGGCCCAGGGGUCUCAAACUGAGGUGUGAGUUGGGUCUAUAGGUAGACAGAGAUCCUUAGGUUCUGCUUCCUAAGUCAACAGGGAAUUUUCAUUUUUAAUAAGCCCCCCAGGUGAUUCUGAAGUAAAAGGAUGGUGGACCAGCCAGGAGAAAAAAGUUGUCUUUUUCCUAUGAACUUAAGUUGGGGUGUGUAUAGAUAUUUUAUAUAUACUUAUACAUGUAUUUGCAUGUAUAUAUAUUAUAUAUACAUGCAUAUUUUUAAAUUUGGCUGACCUUCCUUAGUUUUUUUUUUCAUGAGCAUUUUCCCAUAGCAUUAAGUAUUCUCUGAAAGCAUGAAUUUGGUGAUUUCAUAUAAUUGGAUUCUACAGAUCUAGUAUCAUUUAACAAUUUUUCUAUUUUGGUACAUAAAUAUUGUUUUCCAUGAUUAUAAAUAAUACUACUUGUGAAUGUUCUUGUCCACAAACCUUUGUAUUUCUGAGUAUUUCCUUCCUUGGAAUUGAUUUCUAUGAGGUUCAAAACAUCUGGCUUAGGUUUUUAGGCCCUAAGUAGAAAUCACUUGCUUAUUUUCAUAUUCAUUCGCGUUCCUAGAGACAUAUAGCUGAGGCCUGUUUUCCUUGCUCCAUUGAUAGAUUACAUGGAUAUCGUUGACUCAUAACCUCUCUGAUCCUUCCUUCCCAAGACAUCAGUCCUAUAAAGAUUACUUUUGCCCUCAGAGCACAAAUAACUUUGUUAUGUCUUUUAACUAGGCACAUGUAAUUCAAUUGUGAUUUCCUUAAAUAUUCUUAAGCCAACUUAAGGUUUUGCUAGUUUUUACUCUACUGAAAGGAUAAAAAUCCUUUUAUUCAGGUAUAUUGAUGAAAAAUGUACAGUGAUGGUACUUUUGUCCUCACAAAGAUAUGGAUUUUUAGUGAAAUAUACUAGGUCUAUCUUUACUGAUUGAUGGAUUUUUCAGGUAAUGAACGAGUGAAUGUUUUUAUUAACGUGGACAUACUAAAAAGGAAGAGCUGAUCAUGGCUUUAUUGAUAAGGUAAGAAUAGAUUUGGGGGGCUGGGGUAGUGGCUCAACAGUAGAGCGCUUGCCUCACAUAUGUGAGGCACUAGGUUCGAUUCUCAGCACUGCAUAUAAAAAUGAACAAAAUAAAGAACCAUCAACAACUAAAUAAAUAAAUAAAUAAAUAACCAAGAGUAGAUUUGGGGAUGAGAGUUGGAUAAUAGAGUGAAACUCUUUUCUUUUCUAAUAGGAAGUAAAUAGUGUCUGAUAAACAAAUAGCACUUUAAGCGUAUUAUGUUCUAAAAAUCAAGGGGAGGGCUGGGAAUGUAGCUUAGGAUGCAUAAGACCCUGGGUUUUGAUUCCCAGCACUACCCCCUCCCCCCUCAAAAAAUAAAAAAUUUUAAAAAAGCAAGAGGAAGGGAAGAGAAUACCAGUUUAUCAGAUGAAUGGUUAAGAGUGGAGGGGGGCUUUUUUUCCCCCCCUGGACUGAAUUUAGGGGCUUGCAUGGCAAAAAUCCCCAAUCCCUAAGAAAAAGGGCUUUUUAAAGGAAGGAGAGGCCAUGCACAGUGACACAUGCCUAUAUUCUUUGCAGCUCAGGAGAUUGAGGCAAGAGGAUUGCCAAGUUCAAGGUCAGCCUCAGCAACUUAGGCUCUAAGCAACUUAGCAAGACUUUGUCUCAAAAUAUAAAAAGUGCUGGGGAUGUGAUUCAUUGGUUAAACACCCCUGGGUUCCAUCCCUGGUACCAAAAUAAUAAAUAAAAAUGAGGGAGAAAGGGACUUGAGGAGGGUUGGACUGCUGUUUGGGACCGGGGGAGGGGAGGAUACUGGGGAUUGAACUCAGAGGUACUUGACCACUGAACUAUAUCCCCAGCCCUAUUUUGUAUUUUAUUUAGAGACAGGGACUCACUGAGUUGCUUAGGGCCUUGCUAUUGCUGAGGCUGGCUUCAAACUCACAAUUCUCCUAUCAGUCUCCCGAGCCGCUGGGAUUACAGGUGUGCGCCACCAUGCCCUGCUUGGACUGCUGUCUUUUAUAAGGCUCACAGUACUAGUACUAUUGGAUAGUUUGAAUUAUUUGUAAUAUUCAUUUACUGUAAAAAUUACAUUAAAACAUAUGUAAGACGCUGCUGUCAAUAAUCAUCAAUAAUCAUUCCUUUCUCCGUUUGCGCGCUCUAGGCAGUUGACAGUUCCUCUCAAGUGUUUGUAACAUUCCAAUCCAUUCAUCCUGCAGCCAGAGGGAUUUUGUUUUUUUUUUUUUUCAAAAUGCAGAUUUGAGCCACCUCACUUUCCCUGCUUGAAAUUUGUUAAUGGUCUUGCCUUACCCACCUUUCCAACUUACUCCACAGUGCUUCCCAUGUUUGCAGCCCCAGCCACAUGGGCCUUCUGUCAGUCUUUUGUCAGGGCUUGCUGUUGUCACAAAGCUUUGCAUGGCCUGCUUCCUCAGCCUGGAAUGCUCUUUCCCUUCUUCCUAUGGUGGCUUUCACUGGGUCUUCAGAUCACCACUCUGCUGUCACAGUCUCAACAGAAAGCUUGUCAGUUCCUUUACCAGGUAGCAUAUUACUCCCACAGCACCUGCACUUGACCUUCCUGGUGCUCAUUGCACAUAGCUUCAUUUUGCUUCUGUGAGUAUUUGACUGAUGUUUCUCUUUCCCACCAGCUCUGUAAUUCUCACAAGAGCAGAACUAUAUCUGUUUGUGUUUCCCUUGGUGCCUGGAACAAAUUAGGCGAUCAAUAAAUAGUGUUGACUGGCUCAAA